UUUAUCUCUAUAUAUAAUUCAUGGCUGCACACCUUUAGAACCAACACAGAUCAUUCACAUCCUAAAGCAUUCAAAAUUCAAAAACUUAGUUUUAAGAAUUUCUCAAAACCCUUUUGUUCUCGAAUUUCUCACACGAUGGGCUUUCGUUUACCCGGUAUCAGAAGGACUUCAUCUGGCAGAAAUCAAGCAUCUUCAAAAGUGUUGGAUGCGCCAAAGGGAUACCUUGCAGUCUAUGUGGGAGAGAAUAUGAAACGAUUUGUGAUUCCUGUAUCACACCUGAACCAACCUUUAUUCCAAGACUUGUUGAGUCAAGCUGAGGAAGAAUUUGGAUAUGAUCAUCCCAUGGGUGGCCUCACAAUUCCUUGCAGCGAAUAUGUCUUCCAACAUAUUACUUCUUGUUUGAAUGGACAAUAGAUCUCAUUUUUUGAGGCUGACAUAGAUUAGUAGUAACACUUUUGUAAAAUAGGAAUAUUCUCAUUUUGUAAAGUUGUCUCUUGAGAAUUUGAGAAAUGAAAUAUCAUCGGAUCGGCAAAAUCAGAGUCUGUAAUUUUUUUCUUCAAUGAGAAUGAACUCGACUGCUCAACCA